AUGGUAUUGCAAUUUGAAAAACAACAAAGUGUCAAACUCAAUCACUCAAAUGUUCCUGCAAGUCCAAAUGAUAGUUUCGGUCCAAUUAAUGAACAGGUUGUCUCACGUGAUGCUUCGAGUUAUAGAUCACUAGUUGGUUCUAUUAAAGAUUACCUCACGGUUUUCCUCAAUGAUACCACAGAUGAUGUUAACAUUUUCUGGAAAUUAUUUAGUGAAUAUGAAACUGUUUCAAAUGCAAAAGCUGUUUCCAUUACAACAGGGAACCCGUGGGGUAAUCCAGUUUCUCCUUUACUUUUUAAUAUUUGUCUAGAACCAUUGUUAUAUUAUUUACUGCAACAUCUUCGAGGUUAUCCUAACUCAUCACUACCAAUAUUUAAGGAUGUGCAAUUACUAUCUUAUGCGGACGAUCUUACAGCUUUUCUCAAUGACACUACCGAUGACAUUGAAAUUUUUUGGAAAUUACUUAGUGAUUAUGAAACUGUCUCCAAUGCUGAACUUAAUGUGGAUAAAACUAUGGACUACAGUCUUUCACGGGAUCUUAUUAGACUAUCAUUUCCACGUAAAACUAUUGGAGUGGAUCACCUUCGUUAUUUGGUGGUCGAUAAAUCAUUCUCGUGGAAAGCGUUUACUAAUUCAAUCCUUAAAGGCUUGUGGAGUACCGAGUUAAUUGAGGCCUCAUAA